AUGUCAGAUUCCAACACAACCGACUUCACCAACCCCUCCACCUUCAUCCUGCUGGGAAUUCCUGGCCUGGAAGCAGCUCAUAUCUGGAUCUCCAUCCCCUUCUGUGCCAUGUACGCCAUAGUCGUCUUGGGGAACUUCACCAUCCUGUUCAUUGUGAAGAUGGAGCCAAGCCUCCAUGGGCCCAUGUACUAUUUCCUCUGCAUGCUGGCCAUCACCGACCUGGUCCUGUCUACGUCCAUCCUGCCCAAAACGCUGAGCAUCUUCUGGUUCAAUUCCAGGGAGAUCGAUUUCAGUGCCUGCCUCACCCAGAUGUACUUCAUUCAUUGCUUCUUCAUGACUGAAUCUGGGAUUUUCGUGGCCAUGGCUUUGGAUCGCUAUGUGGCCAUCUGCCAUCCCCUGAGACAUUCCACCAUUCUGACAAACCUGGUGGUGGCCAAGAUCGGCCUUGCUGUGAUGUUGCGUGGUGGCAUAGUUGUACUGCCCUAUCUCCUCCUCGCAAGGCAGUGGCCAUAUUGCAGAACCAACAUCAUCCCCCACACGCACUGCGAGCACAUGGCCGUGGUGAAGCUGGCCUGCGCCAACACCCAUGUCAGUAGUUAUUACGGGCUGUUUGUGGUAUUCUGUGUAACCGGUCUGGAUGUGGUUUUUAUUGCCAUGUCCUAUAUCCAGAUCCUUAGGGCGAUCUUCAGCCUCCCCACAAAGGACGCCCAGCUCAAGACGUUUGGGACCUGUGGCUCUCACCUUUGUGCCAUCUUGGCAUUUUAUAUCCCACGUCUCUUUUCCUCCCUUACAUCCCGGUUUGGCCAGAAUAUGCCCCUGCAUUUCCACAUUCUCAGUGCCAAUGUAUAUCUACUGGUGCCCCCCAUGCUAAACCCCAUCAUCUAUGGAAUGAAGACCAAAGAGAUCCGGGGCAGGAUCCUCCGGCUUAUUACUCAGAAAGGGACUAAAAUUUUCUCCUAG